GGCGUCCUGACCUUUCACCCGCUCAGCACCAGCAGUGGACCGACGGUGUGACUGUUAACGGACCGACUGUUGACCGCUCGCCCGCCGCCGGUCUGCCGCCGGGGCCGCCCGCGACCGAGUCCACUGGCUCCGUGAAACCGGGCCGAGCAGCGGCGGCUAGCGGCUAACGGCUAACGGCAGGAGAUGGAGGAGUUUCUGACGAGCUGCCAGCAGGCCGUGAAGACCGGCUCGGACAAGGACUCUCCCGGAUUCCAUGUGGUUCUGGGGAACGAGGCAUGCGACCUGGACUCCAUGGUGUCUGCUCUGGUCUAUGCAUACUUCCUGUUUAAGACUGCACCUGGCGAUGCGUUCGCUGUCCCUCUGCUGAACAUCCGUCAGUCUGAGCUGCUGCUGCGCUCUGACAACCUCUUCUUGCUGCGCCAGACCGGCCUGUCCCCGGACCUUCUCACCUUCAGGGACCAGCUGGAUCUGCAAGCACUGCACCGGGCUGGCCGCCUCCGCCUGACACUGGUUGACCACAACGUUCUACCCAGUUCAGACCAUGACCUGGAGGGGGCGGUGGUGGAGGUGAUCGACCACCACCUGCUGGAGCGGGAGACCUCCCCAUCCUGCCCUGUUACCGUGGAGAUGGUGGGUUCCUGCGCUACCUUAGUAACAGAACGUAUCAUCCAGAAAGCGCCACAUAUCCUGACCCAGCAACUCGCACAGCUGCUCUACGCUGCGGUGGUGCUGGACUGUGUCAACAUGUCCCCUGCUGCAGGUAAGGUUACAGGUAAAGACAGUCAGUAUGCAGCAGCGUUGGAGUCGCGGUUCCCUGCUCUGCCUCCGAGAGGCGCUCUGUUCAACGCACUGCAGAACGCCAAGUUCGACGUGUCAGGUCUCAACACUGAACAGAUGUUACUAAAAGACAUGAAAGCUGUUUCAGGAAGUUUGAAUCUCGCCAUCUCAGUUCUCUACAUCACCCUGGAGGACUUCCUGCAGAGGGAGGGGUUGGAGGCGGAGCUUUCUUCCUUCUGUCAGAAGCUUGGAUUUGAUUUGCUGCUGCUGAUGACAAUCUCUUUCACUGAGAGCAAAGAGCCAGUCAGAGAGCUGGCUGUGUUCAGCCACAGUGCCCCCUACAGGCAGCAGGUGAGCCAGUACCUGGAGCAGGCCCGAAGCCCCGCUCUCAACCUCAGUCCGAUCAGCAGCCCGCAUCCUUCCAUCUCAGCCUAUCAGCAGGGUAACACACUGGCAUCCCGUAAGAAGCUCCUCCCCUUGGUGAAGGACUUUCUAAAGGAGCAGUGUGGAGGCGGUCGCCAUGGCAACAUGGAGGAUGAGGAUGAGGAGGAGUGUAAAGUACCGCCGACCCCGAUGAACAGUCUGGUGGACGGAUGUCCUCUAGACGAAGGUCUGCCUCACAUCAGUGCUCAGGACCUGGAGGACAAGUUCAGCAGGAUGUCCUCUGACCUCUGAACUGUUAAGCAUUGACACCAUGGUCACCAUGGAGACGGGCACUGAAGAAUCCGGAUCCUCAUCCGAUACAUGAAGAACCACCAGUUCCAGAACCAUCAGACUCAAAACCAUGAAACAGAAUCUGUUACAGAUCUGUUAAACAUUAAGGCCUGGACUGCUGGUUGGUUUGAAGUGUACCUUCAAAAUAAAUGUUUCCA